ACAAUGCCUUUCUCCAUGGCAACCUGGAUGAAGAAAUUUAUAUGUCUCCACCGCCUGGGCUCCGGAGACAGGGGGAGGAGCAUUUGGUUUGUCGGUUGCAUAAAUCCUUGUACGGUCUGAAACAGGCUUCAAGGCAGUGGUUUUCUAGAUUUUCAGAAGUUAUUCGGUCUGCUGGCUUUGUGCAAUCUAGAGCAGACUACUCUCUUUUUACCAGGAGGCAAGGCAAGUCUUUUACAGUCUUAUUGAUAUAUGUUGAUGAUAUAUUAAUUACUGGCAAUGAUCCUGUGAGUAUAGCUGAUGUCAAGAAAUUUUUGCAUAAAACAUUCCGUUUGAAAGAUCUUGGCAAUUUAAAGUAUUUUCUUGGCAUUGAAGUGUCAGCAUCUAAGAGAGGGAUAUUUAUUUGUCAGCGCAAGUAUGCGUUAGAAAUUAUAAAAGAUGCAGGAUUAUUGGGUGCUGCUCCUGUUGACACACCCAUGGAACGUGGAUUAAAGUUGUCAGAUAAGAUUGAGUUACUCAAAGAUCCAGAGAAGUAUAGGCGUUUGGUUGGAAGAUUGAUUUAUCUCACAGUGUCAAGGCCGGACAUUACAUAUCCUGUUCAUAUAUUAAGCAGGUUUAUGCAUCAGCCUCGAAAAGCUCAUUGGGAAACAGCUUUGCGAGUGGUACGCUACCUCAAGUCAGCUCCUGGUCAAGGCUUGUUCUUUUCCUCAAAUAGUGAUCUUCGGCUACGAGCUUUUUGUGACUCAGAUUGGGCAGGAUGUCCACUUACAAGAAGGUCUACUACAGGGUAUUGUGUGUUCCUGGGGCCUUCUUUAAUUUCAUGGAAGUCAAAACGUCAGAAAACAGUCUCUCUUUCUUCAGCUGAAGCAGAGUAUCGUGCUAUGACAGGAGCUUGCUGUGAAUUAACUUGGCUACGUUAUUUGCUUCAAGACUUGGGGAUUUUACACCAGGAAACGACAUUGCUCUAUUGUGACAACAAGGCUGCUUUACAUAUAGCAGCAAAUCCAGUGUUUCAUGAACGUACAAGGCAUAUAGAAAUGGAUUGUCACUAUAUCAGGGAUAAGAUUCAAGAUGGUUCAGUGGAGACACAAUUUGUGAGUUCUGGAAAUCAACUGGCUGAUGUUCUAACUAAAGCUCUUGGCAAGGAGGACUUCGAACUUAUGAUUCGCAAGUUGGGUGUGCAGGAUAUCCACUCUCCAACUUGAGGGGGAGUGUUGGAAAGUAGAGCAAAAUUAGCAUCUUGUAUAGCUGUUAACAUUUAACACAUUCACUCUAUAUCAUCACAUUGAUUCUAUAUUAUUAGACAUUAAUAGGGCUAGAAUAGCUUUCUUGUUUUGUAUCCUAGAAUCAAGCUGUGUUAUUGUAUAUAUGUGCUACAGAUCAAUAGAGCAAUUAUCU